AUGUCCAGACAGUCCAGCGACAACAGCAAAAUCCACAAUGAGCAUCGCGAUGAGAUGUUGCACAAGAUCCAGACCGCCGCUAGCAUCUCGCUAUCGCCUGAGCUCUUUGAGCAGCUUUACCUAGCACCGCAAAACCAAGUCAAGGGUCAGCUCCGGCAGACGUUGGGCAACCCAACACCACUAGCACUGGGGGGGUUCUUGCUCUGCACGACGCCCAUCUCCAUGGCGCUCCUGGAAUGGCAGGGCGCUGGCGGGUUUGGAGCCGGCGCAAAUGUUGGCUCCUACUUUUACCUGGGCGGUCUCAUGCUUGUACUGGGAGGACUUGGCGAAUGGCUUCUCGGAAAUACCUUUCCCGCCACUGUCUUCUGUCUCUUCGGCGGCUUCUGGCUCACCUUUGGCGCCACCAUUGUUCCUGGAUACGGGGCCUACGGCUUAUACUCCACGACUGGAUCUGCCGCAGACGGAUUGAGUGAGCAGCAGUUCUACGCCACGUUUUCCUUCUUUCUGGUGUCCAUGACAAUUCUUUGUGCCAUUUUUAUGGUGGCGAGCAUUCGCACCAACGUGGUGCUGUUUACCAUCUUCCUGCUGCUUAUUCCUACCUUCGGGUGUCUGUCGGCAUCAUUCUUUGCCGUUUCGCACGAUCUUGCCUCGAGCGCAAAGACGUUCCAACACGUCGGUGCCGGUCUUCUCCUUGCCGUAUCCUUUUUGGGGUGGUACAUUUUCCUCGCGCUCGUCUUGUUGUCUGUCGACUUCCCGUAUAUUCUGCCUCUGGGUGAUUUGUCAACUGUAAUUCCCGGGCGCACGGAUCGAACUCGGGAGAGCUGUGACAAGGCGUAG